CACUGAACUCUCUUGCCCCCACCGCUUUGCCUUUCCGUCAAUUGAGACAGGGGGGAGGGGCGCGCCGCUGACUUGUCACAUCCUCCGCACCCGCGCGUCACCACAGCAGGUGGUUCCUGACAUCGUCGUGCGGACGCGCUCACGCAGGCACCUGGCCAGAGGCACGUCCUGCCUGCCAUCACAACGAGCGGCCUCGGGUGGCAGACCUUUGACUUCUUCUCUCCCUUCCCAUCACUACUCGUCACCGCAGACAUAUUACGUCCUCACUCGUCACCGCCCACUUGCUUCCACGACUACAAUGACUUCAAAAGCCGCCGCCCCCGCCGCGCUCGCCGCCCCCGCCGCGCUCGCCGCCCUCCCUUCCACCCCCGAAGGCGAUUCUCGCACGGCCGAAAUCGAAUCUCGUCUGCACCAGAUCCACGAGUUCCACGACAUCCUCGUCAAGGGCAGGCCCAUGCCUGCGACCGAUACCGACGCCGACGCGAAGAUGCUCGAAGCGCACCGUCGAUACUUCCUGGCCGACGGCGACGAUGACGACAAUGAGCCAAUGAGCGACGCGACCUCAUCCGAUUCAGCAUUCGCUUCUGCCCUCUUCUCUCUCGACGAGUUCUCCGUUGAGAUUCGCUCAACGAUGGCUCACUUCGAGUUUAUCGUCGCAGCCGAGUUUGGCAGCGAGGUUGGCGCCCAGCUUGGCUGUGGAUCCAAGGAGCUCGACGCGAUCAGGGAGAAGCGCGUGCGCGUCAUGGAGGCAGCUCGCGCCUGCUGGGAUGCUGGACAUGAGAGGUGGCAGUGUUUGGCUGUUGCCGUUGCGACCUUCUUCAGCGACGGCGUCUACGCCAGCCUGCCGCAGACGGAGGCCAACAGGGGAGCGAGCGUUGAGGGCGAGGGCGAUGGCGACGGCGAUGGCGAGGGCGAUGGCGACGGCGACGAGGGGGACAAGCGCGAAAGGGCAAAGAGAGUGAGGGAUGAUGGCCCAGCAGCCGCGGCGCGCAAAGCGGAGCUGAAGCGGUGGGUGCAGACGGCCAAGCGCACGCGGCUCUAAGGGCUCAAGGUGAGUGAUCAGUGUCGCCGCUGCUUCUCUUCAUCUGCUUCUACCGCCCACCUUCUACCGCCCACUCACGACGUCUUCGCCC